AUAAAAGCAGGUUGGCACUUUACUAACUGCAGUCACUGAGAAAUCACAAGACAAAGCUAAAAUCCCUCUUCAGAUCCACAAUCAACUGCUCUGAACACAUCCUGCAAAAAGUCCAGAGAAAGAAAGGCCAUGGAUUACUACAGAAAACAUGCAGCUGUCAUUCUGGCCACAUUAUCUGUGUUUCUGCAUAUUCUCCAUUCCUUUCCUGACGGAGAGUUUAUGAUGCAGGGUUGCCCAGAAUGUAAGCUAAAGGAAAACAAAUACUUGUCCAAGCUGGGUGCCCCAAUUUAUCAAUGCAUGGGCUGCUGCUUCUCCAGAGCAUAUCCCACUCCAGCUAGGUCCAAGAAGACAAUGUUGGUCCCAAAGAAUAUCACCUCAGAAGCUACAUGCUGUGUGGCCAAAGCAUUAACCAAGGCCACAGUAAUGGGAAAUGCCAAAGUGGAAAACCACACGGAAUGCCACUGCAGUACUUGUUAUUAUCACAAAUCUUAAAUAUUUUGCAGAGUGCUGGCUUGAUGACUGCUGAUUUCCUGGAAUGGAAAAUUAAUUUGUUCAGUGUUUAUGGCCUUGUGAGAUGAAACCCCCCUUUUCCUUACCGUACCAUUUUUGGCAUGCUUCAAGGUUAUACUGCAGCUUUAUUGCCUUUCUCUUUAUCCUAUAGCAUAAUCAGCAGUUAGUUCUUUUCAUUUGGAAUGAAAUACAGCAUUUAGCAUGACUAUAAAAAGCUGGGUCUGAUGGAAAUAAAGUCUUUUAA